UUACCAUUACCUUCCAUAAUGUAAUGUAUUCCUAUUCUGUGUACCGAGUUCCUCCACGCUCAGAACUUUUAUUUUUAGACUCGGCCAUCAACUGAAGUUGUCGUUCAAUCAUUUAUUUUGUCACCAACUCUUCAAAAAAUCUGCCACUGGUACUUUCAAUCCAACCGCUCAGAUAGUGAAGGUGUUAUUUUUGUUGCAACACAGGUUUUGGAAUGGACAUUGCAACCUCUAUGGGUUUUACUAAUUUAAAUAUUUAUGGAACUGAUGUGAAUGUACCUAACUCUAGCCGUGCCCAAAGUUCAAACAUGAAUUUGAUGACUCCAUAUCUACCUCAACAAAAUCAGAUAGUCGAUCAGCCUAAUGUGAACACCCCAGAUUUCCACCCUCAUGCUCAACUCGCUCAGCACCAUGUAUCGCAGAGUAGCGAUCACUCUCAGCACUCCGAGGAUGUUGCGAAUAGAUUUGGUCACCCCAACAUGAAUCUCAUCACUCCCUGUGCUAUUCCGCCGCAGCAUCCAACCACAGAAGGCAUACGCACUCCAGCUGACGCUUGUUCAGAUAUCGUUGAUAACCUUUGGUGCCACCGAAAAUGUGCCGAAACAGACUAUUUUGCCAAGAAAGCAAUUGAGAGUUUAGUCAAGAAACUGAAGGAAAAAAGGGAAGAGCUUGAAGAUCUAGUAACUGCAGUUACUACUUGUGGAACUCAAUUGACAAAAUGCGUCACAAUACCAAGAACGCUGGAUGGAAGGUUACAGGUUGCAGGAAGGAAAGGCUUACCGCACGUAGUUUAUGCAAGAAUCUGGAGGUGGCCGGAUCUGCAAAAAAAUGAGCCCAAGCAUCUUAAAAUUUGUCAGUACGCUUUUGAAUUGAAGUGUGAUCUCGUUUGUGUCAACCCAUAUCAUUAUGAAAGAGUUGUUGCACCAAGCGUAGAUCUAUCCAAUUUAAGUUUAAGUCCUGAUACAACAAUGAUGCAGCACCAUUCCAUGUCUUACUCUGGCUAUGACCAUUCUAAAACACCACAAAUGCAAGGAUGCAGCGCCCUAACUCAGCCUGCAAGGCUUCCCAUCACGCAAUCGUCCGGAGCUUCCUCAUCCAUGACUCAAUCAUCAUCCUACUACUCAGCUCCCGUUAAUCAGACAGCAUAUGCAAACCAGCAACCCCACCAUCCAGUUACAAAUCAACAGUCUGAAAAUUCUAAUUAUUUUAAAGUCGAAGUUGAAGAUACAUCUUACCGCAGCUCACAGCAACCGCAUCUGCCUCAAGCGGGACCUGCAGUUCAAGAUCCGAAUUACUACAAGGUAGAUGCAAGUGUGAAAUUGCCGCAGUCAGAUUUAGUGGCCAGCCGAAGUGCAAGCACAGUUCACCCUCCGAAGGUGAUGCAGCCGCAAGCAGCCCACCAAGGUCAAUACCCGUCCCCAAGUCCGGACGAGCCAUGGAGCAAACAGAGUCCUCACCCUUAUCAGCAGCAGAAGAUACAGUUACAACAGCAGCCGCAGCCACAACAACAACAUCCAGGACAUCAACAGCAACCAGAACAAGCACAGUAUUGGAACAACGCAGCCAUUGUCUCAAAACAACCAGAACAAACCCUUUCUCAACAACCACCGCCAGAGUAUUGGUGCUCAAUUGCAUAUUUUGAGUUAGACGCACAAGUGGGAGAAACUUUCAAAGUCUCCUCAUCAUGUAAAAAAGUAGCUGUCGAUGGAUACGUGGAUCCAUCUGGAGGGAACAGAUUCUGUCUUGGUGCUCUUAGCAACGUCCAUCGAACGGAGCAAAGCGAGAAAGCCAGGUUACACAUAGGCAAAGGUGUUCUUCUUGAGCUGCGAGGAGAAGGCGAUGUGUGGUUGAAGUGCUGCAGUGAUCAUGCGGUAUUUGUCCAAUCUGACUAUCUAGACCGAGGAGCAGGAAGAGCUGUGCACAAAAUCUUCCCUGGCAAUUUUACAAAGGUCUUUGAUCUGCAACAGUGUUUCUGGCAAAUGAGGGCACAGACGCAAGCAGCCCAAGUUGCUGCUGCAGCUCAAGCGGCAGCUGUUGCUGGACAUGUAACAGGACCCCACAGUGUUGGUGGUAUAGCCCCAGCUAUUAAACUUAGCGCUGUUGCCGGCAUAGGAGUUGAUGAUCUUAGAAGACUUUGUAUUCUUCGCUUAAGUUUUGUCAAAGGCUGGGGACCCUAUUACCCACGACAAUCAAUCAAAGAAACACCUUGUUGGAUUGAGGUUCACCUACAUAGGGCUUUACAACUGUUGGAUGAAGUCUUGGCGAGUUAGAAAUGCUGAGUUUAUUUUCUUUUUUUCACUAUCAGUCAGUUUAUCCAAUGUGAACUGGUGCAACGGUCAGUACAUCUGGUGACUGAAGCUUCUACCUCACAAAAUCGAUUAUUCUGACGUUGUAUAAUUCUGGAUGAAGCUAGGUCUCCUGCAAUGGUUUCGAAGUGAACGCUUUCUCUAUUCCAGUGAAGUGCGUAUUGAACUCCAGGCAAUUCCUCAAGGCAGCAACCAGCAAACUGGUAUAUUGCAAUGUGUGGAUGACAUUUCGCAAGCACUUCCUCCCUCGAGAGGGGGAGCCCUGUGUGAAUAUCCCCUGUCUAUGCGCUUAAUUUUGCACCCCUCCAUCUCCCCUCCCAAUUGUCUCCCUUACCAACAAACUUAGUCAAGAUCUGCCCUCCUCCAAGGUAAUGUUUGUAUACUUGUUGAUAUCUUGCAAAAUGGAAAGUGUCUUUUUCUUGAAAGUGGAGUCGGUUUUGAACUACUCUCAGGGUGUCUGCAGACUUUAAGAAAUAGUAGUGUUGAGGAAUUCCAUGUUGAAAAGAAGAGCAUUUUUCCUUUUGCCUAAAAUUUUUCUAUGGAAUGAGUUUUCUUAAUGAUCGAAUUUGGAAAGUGAAGACUUUGGAAAGGAAAUGUUUGCACUCUUUCAUUUGCCAAAUUUUGGCAAGUUUGUGCUCAACCUGCAUUUAAGGGUGAUUUAAGGAUUAUAUCCCAACCCCUUUUUAAAAUAAAUGGUAGAAUCUCUUCUUUUUUCCUUGCAUUACAGUAGAUUUUCAUUGAUCUGGAAAGUCUCGUCUUUUCAAUCAGGCAGAAUUUUGGAGUGGUACAAAUAUUUUUCAAAGAAUCCAGUAGUCACCCUGACAUUUUAUCUAUGAGAAAUGAGAUCUAUCCUCUUUUUUUUCCUUUUUUGGACCUUCCAACCAAACCUUACAUGCAGUAAAUUUGUAUAAUAUAAACAGCAUUAUAUACAUGAUAUGGACCAAUUCUAGCAAAAUGGAAGUAAGGACUCAGCUUUUUUUUUCGUUUGUAAGCAUGUACUUCUAUGGCAAAUCAAUGGAAGAUUUUCCAUUCCUGGAAUUAAUAAGAAAGUUAGUUUCUUUUUGCUGUACUUGGUCGUUACAUAUCCUGUGUGCGUUUCUUGCAUAACUGCAGGAUUUAAGUGUACAUACCUCUAGGGGGUGAACAUACAUUGGUGGAUCAACAAGUAAGUUUCCUAUGCUUUAGUUCUGUUAAUAUUUAACAGAUUUAAAAUAAUUCUAGACGAAGAGAAAGCACAAUUUUUUCUAAAAAAGUUUAUGUAGCUCAUAUUUGUUUGGGACAGAAUAAGGUGAGCUUCGUUGAUCCGCACCUGACAAGAUCCGAGCAUUUUUGUCUGAUUUGAGCAAUGAGAAGUUUCUAGGAUGUUCCCUAAGCCUAAUAAAAUUAAGGAAUCAUUUAAAAUAACACUACAAAACGGUAAGCUUACUUUUUUUUCCACCUAGGUAUUAAUGAUUCUUCGUAUCAGAAAAACGCUCAGGAUGUUAUGUUUGUUUUUAUUUUCUAAAAGUUUCUUGGAAUGUUAAAAGUAUUUAUUUCUAAAGGAUGUUUUAGGAAAUCGAAAGGAUUCUAUGAACUUUUUAAUAUUAAGGAUGUUUAAAGAGCCUUUAGUUUUUAAAUAAGUAUUUUCUAUUUGUUUUGUAUUAUUUCUAAGAUAUUAGUUUACUCCCAUGUUUUUACUCUCUUUCCCACCUUCAGUUUUUUUUUAAGAUUUGACUGCAUUUUAACAUGUAUAAUUCAUCGUCUAGUAUUCGUUUCUUCCUCUCACUACAAAGUUGCCCCAGCUAUAAUUUUACUUUAACUUGCAACUGAGGUAGUAAAACUCAAAAUGGAAGGACUGCACUUUUUAUUCUGAUUGUGGUAUUUUAUUUUGAGCAGAAAUUACUUUUGUAAAAGUUCAUUUUGGAAUUUAUAAAGAAAUCUCAUGGCAGUUUUAGGAUUUCCAAUGGACUAUGAAGUAAAUUGAUGAGGCUUUCUGAAGGCGGCCUUUGAGGAACAGCCUUUAGGGUGGAGAAAAGGCUGUCCGUUAAUGACAGCAGGUACAUACUUAACAGAGAGGGGAGAGCUCUAUGACAGCCGGACAAAUCCCUUUCAAGGAAAAUAAGAGGGGAAGAGGAAUGGAAAAAUCCAGAAUUUUGCCUGAUGUCAUUUAAGGACAUCCUCUUAAAUCAUGAGAGUUUUUUUUAAGAAAAUUUUGAAAUUUGUUCUGUGUAUUGUGCUGUUUUUAAUUUUCUCAGUACAAGUGGUGCCUUGGUCAGGAGAGACGAUACCUACUAUCUCUCUACUUAAAAGUGAGGCGGCCUUUGACAAUGUAUAGGACUGCAUUUAGCCUUUGAUUCUUACAGGCUCCAUUAUUUUUUAUCAACUGGUUUGUUAGAAGUUAAAACGGUGCGCAUUAAUGAGGACUUUAGAAAUUUCCGAGAUUUUUUGUUAUUUUUUUUUUUUAUUAAAGAAUCAUUGUUGGAAAGUUGCAUGGUAACUUAAAAUAUUGCCUGUCAGUUAGCUUCUAUCUCUGUAAAAUCGAUUUGUUGUAAUUUGUUUGCUCUUUUUUGAUAUUCCGUUUUAUAGAGACAGAUUUUAAGAUAUUUUUUUGACAAUUUGAACACUAAUUUGUUAAUUUAUUAAAACUCUGCAGCUACUCAUACUUUAGUGUAAUGCUAGAUCACUGGACAGGAUUAUAAAUGAAAAAUUGAAACUCUUAUUCUUUUGAAAUUUCAUCUGCCCUUUAGAGAUUACGCUAAUGUACAAAACCUUUUGCUUGACAAAAAUCCAAAGUUCCCUCCUGUUAAAUUUGUGUUAAACUGAUUGCAGGUUGUUUUAAAGUGGAAAAAUUUUCUUAAUUUGCUGAAUUUUACAUCCUGAGUUUACAAGUAUUGCGCAGUAGAGAAGAAAGGAAAUAUUUGUAAUGAUAAAUACCAUGUAUAUUUCAUUGUUUUUAGUCUAUAAAACCAAACUUUGAACCUUGCUGAACGUUUAACUCUGGUUUCAAUGACUGAUUUUACCUACAUUACUUCUAAUUUUUUCACCACAUGGAGUUUAAGUACAUAGACUGAAUUUCUUGUAAACUUCAAACACUGAUUUCUCAUCUAUGAGUUGAUUUUGGAAAUUUUCCAUUUGCUCAAUGUAUUUUGCGCGUAAUUUUGAUUCAGUAGCAUAGUUUGUGGUACCUUAAUUAAUUCUUACUAAGUCUGUUGGUCCAUCAAGUAGGUCCUUUUUAUUUUGGAUUUGCUCUCUACGCUAUUUUUUAACUUUUUGCCGCCAUUUUCAAUGUGAAAUUACGGGUUCUUAAAAUCAUAACCAUUUUCUUGUGCUCUCCAUUAAUUUGCUUAUUUGCAACAAGGAUAAAAAUGUAAUCAUAUUUUUCAAGACAAUUCAAUACACUUAUAAUCUGUACCAUCACAA